AUGGGCAUUCUUUCAGAAUUUGCCUUGUCCCCAGCGACCGAUCACGAGUUGACAACUAGCCUUUCUACUGUGCCAAGAUCUCAGAGGGGGGACGAGGCGGCUGGCCUGUCCGACCCUCAUUUCCUUGCUUUGGAGGACGUUCUCGGUGUUGGAGUCGCUUCGAGUACUCUGCCCCGUUGA